AGCCCAACGGUUAUGUCGGCUCGUGCGUAAAAUUCAACACCUGGAUAUAUGCGUUGUAGUCCAGUGUGUGUUCCAACGGUUGUGAGUCGUGUAGUGAACGGUUUGUGUCUGAGUUCGUGCGAUUUAUCAAGGCCUUGUGAAAAUUUUAUUAAAUAAUGUUCAAUUUGUUCUCAUGAUUCUUGUGUAUUUUGAGUGGAUUUACUAUCAAGUCAUCAUGAAGAUCGGAUUCAAACUGCCAAAUUGGUUUCGGAAGCGACGAAGUAGUCGAGAGGAAAAAAAUACCAGGAUGGGUUUAACCGUCACUGAAGAUACACCAGCAGAUAUGCUAGCUGGAAGUAUGGAGCUUCUGGUACAGUUGCCUCGUGACCACCAUAAUCACACACAACGAGUUACCGUAGAACGAAGUACUGCGAUGAUGGAUUUGCUGGUUCAAAUAGCAACAGCACACAAAUUGGCAGCUUCAAGUUAUACUCUACAAGCAGUCGGUGAGCGAGGUCUUGUUUUGCCCCAUCAACCGAACACUCCCAUCGGAGCACUGGAUGCUCUAGAGGUAAAGUUACUUCCAAAGCAAGGGACACUCAUUCCUAGGAAAACCAAGCAACCAAGUCAACCAUUUGAAACAACUUUUAGAUUGCAGGUACAUCUACCAAGAAAUCAACUUUACGUGUCACGAGUAAGUCCAAAAACUAAUCUUGGAGAUAUAUUGGACCAAGUGUGUCAUGAGAAGAAUUUGAACAAGGAUAAAUAUGAGCUUCGACAUCCUGGUAAUCACAAAGAAGUCUUGGAUCUCUCAUUAUCUCUUCAAGAUUAUCAACUUCAGGAAGUGACCUUAUAUGCAAAGCAGGGACAAAAUCUGGGAUCUGCACUCAGUUCUCAAGACAUAAUAGCCCUUCAGCGACAAGAAGAGAGGCGACGACAACAAGCUAAGCAGGGUGUUUUUGGAUUUAUAUUUCGAAAAUCUAAAGAAAGUUCAUUGAGUACUGAAAGUUAUGGUGAUAGAAGUGUAUCACCAGCCAGAAGUGAUGAAACUGGAAGAAGUGUAAGUCCUCUUGCACCACCAACAAGGCCUCAACGUAAAAGAAGGCCGGCACCCAAUCCACCAGUUCGCCAGACCACAGAGCCACCGCAAAAGAAUAACGAUGUGGUCAAAGAUGAAUCAAAAGAGAAGCUCGUCAUCAGUCACAGUCGUAAUAGUAGUGAUAGUUCGGGAUAUCAUGAAGCAUCUGUCCUCAGUGAUAAUCCGGACUCGGCUGGAAGAAUGCCAGAGACAUUACCAAGACGCAGUCGACUGCCAGGUAAAUUUGAAUCACGGAAAUUAGCUCAAACAUCUCAGGCUAGCAAAAGUCUCUGCAAUUUAGCUAUGAGCUGUGGAGGACUCAGCCAUGCUAAUAGCAAUACAUCGCUGAGUUCAGCCGGUAUUCGAAAAAAAAGGGCAGCUCCUCAGCCUCCAGUGAGUAGACCUUUGUCGGCGGCAAUAUCAACUCAAGCUCUUGAACGAAUCGUUGAUUCUGAAGAAUCACUUACUUCAGAUAUGGGAGUCAGUAAACCUCCUUCUGAUAUAGGAGGUUCUUCUGAAACAGAAAUAAACUCCAAAGCCAAUUCUGAUAUAGCUGUUGAUGUACAUGCAUCUACAGUGAGUUCAGAAAGUUUUCAUUGCAUAACAAACAAGGAAGACAGUAAUAACAAAUGUAAUAAAAUUGGAAACUUCAAUUAUGAACACUCCAUUGUUGAGAACAUGUUGCCAAGUGAUAAAAGUAGUCAAAAUCUAAAUAAACAAUCUCAAAAUGAAAAAUUAUCAGAGUCAUCUGAAGAAACUAGACAAGUAGAUCAUGCUAGAAUAGCACCAAGAGCUGGAACACAUGCACCUACUCCUAAACCUCGUAGUAAUAGUAAAGGAUGUCCUGUAGUACCACCCCGUGCUGCUUCAACUACAUUAUCAAAAAAGCCAAUAAGUGAAUCAGUUUAUGAACAAGAAAAAAAUCUAACUGUUAUUAAUCCUGGUGAUAAAACUGAACAAAUUAACAUUGUUGGAGAAGAUUUAAGAAAUAAUGCAAAUUAUAAACAAAAACAGGAUGAAUUAAAUGAAGCUAAUUAUAAUUAUAAUAAUAAUGAUGAUGAAAUCAACCACAGUGAAGUAGAAAGGAGUAAAAAUAAAGAUUUAAUUCAGAAUAAUGAAGCAUCAGAAGUGGUAAUGUGGCAAGAGGGAAAAACAGAAUUUAGUAACAAAGAAAUGGUUAAUACAAAGACAAACUCAAAUAUUCAAAUAAAUCAUCACGACUUUACUGAUGCAUCAGAUUUAAGUCCCAUUUCAGAAGUUAAUAUGUCUAAUCCAAAGGCUGAAAUAGAAAUAAAAAAUGUACAAGAUGCAUUAUCUGAGGAUAAUAUAUCUAGUGAAGAACAGUUCACUACUUCACCAUUAAUAACUUCUGGCAUUAAUCUAGGUCUUCAGAUUGAUUUAACACAUUCCACAGAAGAAGGGGAAUUACAUUCUCAAGGGACAGGGAAAGCAGGUAAUAAUAGAAAUCAAACGGAAACAGAUCAUCUACUUCAAAAAGUAUCCAGUACAUUGGCUACCGUUUUACCUACAUAUGAGCAAAAUUCAUGGGAUGCAAAUCCAAGUGAGUCUAGGGAUUUGGAGAAUAUAAAUCCAGUGAAUUUGAAAAAUUCAACUCCACACCGUGAAGAAACUCGUUUCAAUGAUAUACCAAAUUCAACAUUGAAUUCUCAACAAGAUACUUCAGAUUAUGUGUCGGCAAAUGGUGAAGAUUUAAGUGGAACUGAUUGGGAAUAUCAACUUCCCGAUCCCCCUUCGGCUUUUAGGGAUACUAUUAAUUCAGAUAAGGAUGUUUGUGAUACAAUUAUGCUUCAUUCUGUGGAUGCUUUUAAAGAGCCGCAGGUAGAAUUAGAAGAAAAAAAUUGUAAAACUCCUACAAAGGAAGACAAUAAAUCAGAAAAGCAAAAAAUUGAAUGUAUUUUAGAAGAAAAUAGUAUUAAUAAAGACAACAAAAUCUCCAACACUGAAUCUUUGAAAACAACAUCAAACCCAAAACAAGUUCAAGAAAAAACAGAUGUUGAAUUGAAAAAGAAUAUAAUAUCUGAAUUGGAAGCAAAAAUUGAAAAUGGAUCUUUAAAUCAACCAAGUAAAAAUUUAGAAUUAGAGAAUAGAAAAACUUUAAUACAAACAUCAACACCAAGAAUUGCACCAGUUGAAAAUACUUUGCCUAAUUUUACUAUCACAACUUAUUCAAGGCAAAAGAGUUUGAAUAUUUAUGAUAGUCCUGAGAAAUCUGCAUUGCAUUUACCUGAUUAUUCUCAAGAUAGGAUUGUUAAAACAUUUGCGACAUUAUCAAGAAACGUUAGUUCUCUUUCAAACAAUAAAGGUAAUUAUUCUUCACCUUCGAAAAUAAAUUCUCCAAACGAUUUUAUAAAUGAUAAUCGUAAAAUAACUCGAACACAAAGUAUACAAAAUAUUAAUUCUAAAGGAACAGCAGACAAUGAUUUAAGAACGAAAGAAAACAAUUCAUCGGAAGAAAUUAAUCAUGAUAAUGAAGUUGAUAAUAAAAACAAAUCUAAUGCUGUUCAUCGAUCUAAAAGUUACAUAGUUUUAACAAAUAAUUUAAAAUAUCGAGAAAAUAAGCCAACAUCAGAUGUAACUGAUCAUGAAAAAAUGAUGAAAAAAUCAACAAGUGUUACAAACUUGAAUCAAAGUAAUGCUUUGGUUAAUGAAACAUCUCAAAUACUUCAGAAUGGUCAGAAAAAUUUAAAUAUCAGUUCACAAGAAAAAGAAUUACAAUCGGUUCAAGUAUUAAAAAGUAUUUUGCCGCAAUUGAAAAAUACUCAAUUGUCGGAAGAAAAUACUUCAAAUGUGUUCGGUAAUAAAACAAAAAUUGGAGAAAAAAUAUUAGAAAAGUCAAAUACACAAGUCCAUUUGAAUGGAGGUGAAGAAAAAAAUGUAAUAUCAAGUAAGAAAAAAAUAGAAAUAGAAGACACUAAACGCCACAGAUAUACUGGACCACCUUCUGUAAGUCUUGGAAGUUGGAAUGAAAGACCCUGUGCCCAUGUCCAAAUAAAAAUGGAUCAAGAUUAUAAAUUUGGUGUUAAAGAUAAUACAAGUGGAGCUAAAACGGUCGUUAGCUUAAAUAGUUCAAGCAACAAUGUUGAUAUUAUGAAUUUCAAAGAUAAUUAUGUUAAAAAUUUACCAAAGAAUCGAACAAGUACUGUACAGAAUGAUAAUAUCCCAAUUUCUAAUGAGAUAAUGCCAAUGAUAAAACGGGUCACAGAUAAUGAAGUUGCGAAGAAAGUUAUAAAUACUUCUAUAAGUAAUAAAGAAUUAGGAUUUAACAAUCUUGGUUUUGCGAAACUCCGUUCAGCAUCUAAAGAUGAGGACAAACCGGUCGUUACUAAUAUGGAACUAAAAAAAUGUUACAUCGACAAACCGGAAUUUAAUGAUGAUGAUGCGAAAAUUGACACCAGACCGGUUAAUUUUCAAGAAUUAACUCAAGCAUUUGGUCAAAUUAAUCUACGAACAAAAUCAAAAUAUAAAAAUAGUCAAAAUCGUCAUUCAGAUUACUUAGAUUCAAGAUUAAAUCAUGAUAUAACUGAUAAAAACAUGGCAAAAACUACGGGGUGUAAGAACUCGAGUGAAUCAAAGAAUCCAAUAGUUAAAAGAUAUACUUCUGUCAUUGAUAUUGACAAUCAACACCUAACAAAUGGAAUGAAAAAAAAUAACACAGAAAAAAUACCAAUAAAUUCCUUUAAUAAUUAUAUUCCUGAAAUGAACAGACAUUCAUCAACCACUACCACAGUUAUUAAUAAAGAUUUCCAAAUAUAUUCGUAUAAAGACACUCCUAAAAAUGCUAAUUUGUCAGCAAAAAACAAUGAAAAUAAAGAAAUCAAACUGUUGGUGAAUAAUAAAAUAAAUUCUCAUAUUCCUACACCACCGUCAAUGCCAAUCAUCACAGGAGUAACUUUGAAAAGCAAUAAUGUAAGACCAAAGUCAAUGCCGGUUUGUAAUGAUCCUCGAGAUCAAUUAUUAGAAUCAAUUAGGAGUUUUGGACGAGAUAAAUUAAGAAACGUUAAAAUAGUUUCUUAAAAAAGAAAUAAAAUAAAGAGAAUAUAAGAAUAGAAAAUAUAAAAAAUGUUAUUUUCACUUCUUAUAAUAAUUAUUUGAUAUAAUUACGAAAAUAUUAAAAAAUAAUAGCGCCAGUAUAACUGAUGCGAAUUGUAAAAAAAUAUAUUUAUCGAAUGAAAAAUAAUGUUUGAAGUCGGUGUAAAUUUCGUUUUGUUUCUAUAUCAAUUAUUUUUUCUUGCAGAACUGAUAUGCUUUUAUGAUUAUCAGCUCUACUAAUUAUUAUUUAUGAAAACCUGUAGGAUUUACAGUGGAAAUCUAAUCAAAUGAAAUUUUUGUCGCAAGCAGUUAAUUGUAUAUAGCUUAUAAUUUGUUAAUUAGUUGAUAAUUAUAUUUGUUAUUAAAAUAAUAUUAUAUCUAAAGUAUUAAUUAACGACUAUAAAAUGUAUUGAACAGUAGUAAUGUAGAAUAUUAAGAAGCUCAGGUGCUCUGGUUUAAUUCCAAUAAAUAUUACUGAAAUGAACUCAGCAGUAACUAGUAAAGUGGAUAAUAUUAGUCAUAAAUCAUAUAAAGAGCAAUGAAAUUAAAUAAUAAUAAAUGUAAAAUAUUUAUAUAUUUUUUUUAAAAUUAUCGAUUUUGAGAAUAAUGAAUUUUUUCAAAUAUACAAAACUAUUUUUCGAAAUAUCUAAAAACUAUUUAUUAAAGUAAAAAAAAUAAAAAAAAUUAAUAAAUAUACGAAAAAAAUUAAAAAGUAGAAUAUUGAUUACAUGAUUUAGAGGAGAAAAAAUAUUGAUAGUUAUUCAUUUUUUUCGUCUCGAAUAUUUUUUAAAAUAAAGUCAUAUAGUGCCAAUUAUUUGAAUAUU